AUGGGCGCCUUUACAAAGUUCCGCUUCUUCAACCGGCGCCUCGCGCUCUCAUGCGUGCUCAUCGCCGUGUCGACGUUCAAUUAUGGUUUCGACAACCAAGCUUUUGCGACGACGCAGGCGAUGGACGCGUUUGAUAAGCAGUUUGGCGUUUUGAAUGAGAAGACGGGGAAGUAUAUUCUUGAACCGUCGUGGCUUUCGCUGUUCAAUAGUUUGAACUACAUUGGUUUUGCUGCUGCGACUAUCGCUGUCACGUCUUUUCACCGGGAGCAGAUCAUGGCUGCUCGAAUUCUCAAUUAUGUGUACGUUGGAAUGGAGCUUGGUGUUGUCCCAACCUUUCAGUCCGAAAUCGUGCCAGCUCAAGCUCGUGGCUUCAUGGUCGGAUCCUACCAGCUCAGCCUCGCAGUCGGCGGUCUCGUCAUCAACAGUAUUUGCUUCGGAACAAGCUCCCUCCCCGACAAUCGCGCCUGGCGAAUCCCUCUCGGAAUGUUCUACAUCGUACCUAGUAUUGUCGUCGCAGGCAUCUGGUUCGUUCCCGAGUCGCCGCGAUGGCUGCUUCGAAAGAAUAGAGUUGAAGAGGCGCGCAAGAGUCUUCAGCAGAUUCGUGAAGGCGCCUUUGCGGAUGAAGAGAUCGAUGCUGAGUUCACUGAACUCAAGGUCUCUUUGGAGCAGGAGACUGAGCAGGGAAAGUUUGUUGAGCUUGUGAAGGGUAUUAAUCUCAAGCGAACUCUUAUCGUUAUGGCUGUCAACUUUUAUCAACAGGCUGGUGGUCAAGCCUUCGUGUCGCAGUAUGGUACCAUCUAUGUCAAGUCACUUGGUACCAUAAACCCGUUUGGUUUCAGUCUGAUCACGUCAGCCAUCAGCAUCGUUUCAAUUACCUGCAUCCUUCUUUGGACGGAUAUCGUUGGUAGACGUGUUCUUAUGAUGGCCUCAUCCGUCACCAUGUUUGCUGCCAUGAUGACAAUGGGCGGUCUCGGUAUCGUUUCACCAGUCGAUGAUUCGAGAAAGAAGGGCGUGAUCAGCAUGAUGGCGGUGUUUGCCUCCGGUUUUGGAAUGGGCUGGGCACCUCUAGUCUACGUCGUCACCACUGAGCUCUCUGCUCUCCGGCUCCGUGAUCUUACGUCGCGAGUUGGCUUCACCACCAAUGUUAUCAUGAACUUCACUGUCAACUUCAGUAUCCCAUAUCUCAUCUACGACAAGUAUGCCGGCUUGAAUAGUAAAGUCGGCUUCAUCUUUGGAGGAAUUAUGGCUACUGCCCUUGCAUUUGUCUAUUUCUGCGUCCCUGAAUGCAAGGGCAAGACUCUGGAGCAGGUCGACUUCUUGUUUAACCAGGGUGUUCCGAUCCGACAGUUUGGGAAGGUCGAUGCGGCAGAGAUGAUGCGCGCUACACAGGAGGAAGACGGUCUUGGCAAGGUGCACUCUGACGGUAAGGCUAAUACCGUAACAGCUGAAGAGCGAGUUUAA